CUGCAGUCUGGUGGUGCAGCCUGAGGGGGCAAGUGGGUUGGGGAGCUAGCGAUCCGCCGCCGGCGGGGAGGGGGCGGCGGCGGCGGCGGCCCCGGGGCGGUCGAGCCGGAGACAGAGAACAAGCCAGCGCUACUGCAGCGGCAGCUGCUGCUGCUGCUGCUGGUGCACGGCCCCUGUGAGCAGGAGGGCAGCGCUGAGCCGGGGAGCCGGGGAGCCGGGCAGCAGUAGGGGCAGCAGCAGAAGCUGGGGCAGCGGCAGCAGCUGCUGCAGCGCACGCCGAGCUCCUGGGGGGGAGGGGGAGGGGGACGGGGACGGGACCUGCCAGUGCAAUAUGACUUUGGAGGAAUUCGUGGCCGGAGAACAGAAGACUGAAGGGAUGGACAAAGUCGGGGAUGCCCUGGAGGAGGUUCUCAGCAAAGCCCUGAGUCAGCGAAGUAUCACGGUUGGGGUCUACGAGGCAGCUAAACUGCUCAACGUGGACCCCGAUAACGUGGUGCUGUGUCUGCUGGCUGCCGACGAGGAUGACGAUCGGGACGUGGCCCUGCAGAUCCAUUUCACCCUCAUCCAGGCUUUCUGCUGCGAGAAUGACAUCAACAUCCUGCGGGUCAGCAACCCCGGGCGCCUGGCGGAGCUGCUGCUGCUGGGGACGGGUGGCCCGGCCGCCGCCGCGGCCGCCGCGGGCGGGGGAGCCGAGCAGCCCCCGGACCUGCACUGCGUCCUGGUCACGCAGUUGCUUUCUUUCCAGAAUCCACAUUCCUCUCAAUGGAAGGAUCCCGCCCUAAGCCAGCUGAUUUGUUUUUGCCGGGAAAGCCGCUACAUGGAUCAGUGGGUGCCAGUGAUUAACCUCCCCGAGCGGUGAUGGCAUCCCACCGACAGUAACUGAGCCCAGUUGCACUGAAGUUUUGAAAUACCUUUGUAGUUACUCAAGCAGUUACUCCGUACACUGAUGCAAGGAUUACAGAAAUUGAUGUCCAAUAGGCUGACUGAGUCAAACUACAGGUUCUUGGGGACCGGAGAUUGAUGACUUUGCAGAAGGAAAGAGAAGAGGAGGAAGACAGAAGCUGUUUGGAAACGAGUGAAAGUCACAAGGAACAAAAGAAAAAAUUUGGCAAAGAACUGUGCAGGAAGGGGGGAAAAUGUAUUCAUUUAGGCUGGUUGAGUUCCAUUGAGAUAAGCCAAAUAUGCGUUGUUGAAGUUUAAAUGUACAGCAGUAGUUUGGGUAUUUUUUUUUGUGGUUUAUAUGCCCUUAAAAUGAAAGAGCAGAUGGGGUUAAUUAUAUUUUAAAAACCAUAUUUUAUUGUAUUUUGAUGGGAUGUUUAAAUUCUUGGAGUUUUAUUAUGAAUUGUACUAAGUUAUUUUAUGACAUGAAAGGUUAUUUAUGCUAUAAAUUUUUGGAAUACAGUACCUGCAAUAAACUGAUAGAGGGUAAUUGCACUCUU